AAGAAAGGAAGCUUGAGAAAAUCAGGAAGGCUAGAGAGAGAGAGAGAAAUCGGGUAUGUCAUCAUCACAGGGUAAUAACGAUCCACGUAUGCCAUCAGCGGCGAAGCCGUACGUGGCUCCGCCGGUUUCCCCGCAAGACAUGCCGAUUGAUUACGCCGGUUUCAUCGCCGUCCUAUUCGGCGUCGCCGGCGUCAUGUUCAGGUACAAGCUAAGCUCGUGGCUGGCUCUCAUAUUCUGUGCGCAAUCCGUUGCGAACAUGAGGAAUGUGGAAAAUGAUCUCAAACAAGUUAUGAUGGCUAUGAUGUUUUCCUUAAUGGGAUUGAUGACAAUCUACUUUGGACCUCCUAGACCCGGCAAGCAAAGUUGAGAUGUCAAGUGUUUGAGGUAGAAAUGCCCUUUUUGUGGGGUCUUUUCGGGAAUUAAACCAACAAACUUCAGAGGAAGUUUAAGGUCAUUAGGAGUUUCUCAUUUCUUUAUGUGGCUUUUCAUUUGGCUGUACUGAAGAUGCUUGCGAAGACUGGAUACCGGUGUAUUUAGACAAUUUGAUGUUAUGAACAUUAAACAUUAAAGAUAGAUUAGUUUAGAAAUAUGAGGAAAGCGAUACAAUUAAGCGGUAAGUGGGAUAUGUCCGUAGUUUUGUUAUAAAAUGCAUGUAAAGUGCAUCGUUCCUGCUGUUAAAAAAAGAACCUGCAAAAAUCAGAAAAUAUAUUCAUACGGUAACAAGUUG